UGUGGGCGGGGGGCGGAGGCCGCCCCCUCUGGGCCGCUUCGCCUUCGCCUCCCCCGCGGCGGCCUUGGGGCUGGCGGCUGCCCGGCUGUGGCUGGGAGUCAGUCCGUGCCCCGAUUAACUGCUCUGCGGGGUAGCGGCUGGGGAGGGCGGGGGUAGGCCCUGGGUUGGAUGAGGGGACUGGUGCUGGCGGGCUACGUCAGAUACUGUGUCACCGACGGUAGGGGUGUGUGGGGAGCCCCUUUGGAGGGAUGCGAUUGCUUGGGCUCUGCUUGGAGUACAGGAAUGAGGGUUGGUUUUCCAUUGGCGACGCAGCCCUGGGCCUCCUUCACCUGCUGCUUCAGGUCUGAGUUUGCUGGACAGUGACACUUGGUGUGAUUAUGAUGGUUUCAAAUCCCUGCUUCCAGGAUCUUUCUAGCUUUGGUUGACUGGCUACAGUAUUCACUAUAGUUUUAGGCCUUCAUUGUGACUUUGAAGUGUGGACUGAUUUUAGGAUUGUUUCUAAAUGGGAGCAGUGCAAUGAGCUGAAUUUUAAAUGUCAGAUAAUUAACACAGAUAAAGUUGCUUUUACAGGAAAGAACCAUUGAUGCACUUGAGAGAGACUCCUUACCUGUCAUAAUUUGGCACAGGACUAACAGUGCAUGCGUUUGAUCUCUCAGUUCACUGUAUUUAUGAACAAACCCUUUCUACUUGUUUCUUAAGGUCCUCAGUGUUAUGGGAUUUAGAGAAGGAUUCAGAAUUUGUCAUGCUGAGUGACCAUGUGUCACUGCUAAUAUAUGUAAACACAAAUGUAAUGGUUGUCAGCUUUCUAUUUUACCUUUCACAAAGUAGGUGUUUGUUAUCUUACAUAUUUGGGACUCAGCUGCCAUAAUGUGAGUACCUUGAAAUCUUACUGCUCUUUACCCUCCAUUCAACGUGAGACGAAGGCACAGAGAGCUAGUGAUGGAUGCUUUCUCUGUAUAAAAUAUAAGCACCAGCUUGAGAAUAAAGCCUAUGUGCUUAUCUGUUGACUGUGACUUGACAGAUCUGAUAUGUCCUGUAUAAUUAUAUGGAAAAAUGUGUGUAUGGUUUUUAUUUUCACUCCUUAAUUAAUUUUAAUAAUCUAGUUAUGUUUUAAAUAAUACUUAGACGAUAGUUUCUUUGAGCAUUCUAUUAGUAUUUUGUAUCAAACAGCAUUUGCUAUUUAAAAGCGGUUGUUAUCUUUGCUAUUCCAAGGUAUUGUGGGUGGCAAUAUCUGUGAAAAUCUCUAUCCUGAAUUAUUACCAUAUUUGGAUUCUAGUAUCUUAUGUUCAUUUUUCUGUACGAAGUAACUGCGGAGUUCUUUCACUUAGAUUACAGAGCAGGCCUUUAUGUAGUUUAGUAAUGGUACGUGUGAUUCUUGCAAGUUGUCUUAGUCAUCUCUUGCCACACUUCUAAAAAAUAAUAAUCUAAAGCUGGAAACUUCAUUGAGAAUAGGGAACUGAAUAACUUUUUCAGAUUAUAAAAAGUAAAAAAGUACUUUGAGCUAAGUUUAUUUUUUUGGAUGCUAAAAGCUGCUGGUUUGAUACACAGUAACAGAAAAUUUUAGUUUGUCAGGCUAACCUGUGAGAUUUGAGGCAUACUUUUUAUGGGUGUUAAAUACUACUUUGAAUAGUGUAAAACGUAAGUAUUUUUAGAACAGAAUUCAUUUCAAUGACCUUUUACAGUGUUAACAAUGUAAAAUGCACUGUAUAUUCUAUAUAUAAAAUACAUUACCUUUAUUAGAAUGAACCUAGAGAAAGAGCCGAAAUAGGUUGAAGUCCACUUAAGGAAAAUGCUUUAAAUGAGAAUGGGGAAGAUGAUCUGUCUUAAACUUGUAACACUUGCUUCUUUGGAAUUUAUUUUGAAACUAUUCAAUUGGAAGUCACUGUUUUGUCUAUGUACAAAGCUGACGUAAGAACAGGCUGACAGUCUUUCAACUGAUUAUUUGAGCUUUUCAGAAUCAAAAGUUAUAUCUUGUGACUAUUGUAAAAGGGAGAAAACUAUCGUUACCUAAAUUGCUAGUGUGUAAUUCUAUCUUUAAACUGGACAAACUGUGAGACUGCACGUUUUCCUGCUCUUGAGGGUGGGAGUGACUUUUAUCUGUUGAAGACCAACCUAUUUGUGAUCCUCUGCAUAAUACAGAUGCUAAUAACAUCAGUUUUAAUUGUUAGUUCAUAAUUAUCUGUGUAUCCUUUAAAAAAAAAUCCCUAAUUACUUUAUAAUUUUCAUUUUGGCUAAGUCAUAUUAGGAUAUUAGAGUAUGAGUUGAAUUUAGUGAAGCUGUACUAUGUAUGUAUCAGGUAGCUAUAAUGUUGUCUUUCUACAUUUUUUUUAAGCUCUGCUUCUUUCCUUCCUAAGAAAAUGCUAUAUUUUUACUAAAAUGAGUUAAAGAACUACCAGGACUUUAUUUUAAGUAACUGUGUCUGUUAGAUACUGAGAUAAUUCUUACAUCAGUAAUCCAUUGCAGAUCAGUACACAUCAAGUAAGAGUCACACUUAAGCCAUGAAUGACACUUAAGAGUAAAUAACAUAAUAUUGAGUCAAAGAUAACACUUGAAAGGAUAUUUCUUGAAAUCAAUGAUGCUAAACUUUCUUUUAGUUUCGCUUAAAUCCUAAAUACAUUGCAUGUGCUACAUCUAGUCUGUAAGUCAUCUUUUUAAGUAGACUACUGAUGUAUGUCUUCUGUUUAGGAUAUUUAACUUGUAUAAAGAAAAUACAUUUGCAGGGAUGUUUCUUUAACCUUGAUCUGUCUUCCAAGAAACUUGGUUGAAAAGUUGUGUCUGGUGUCCAGGACAGUGGAGUGGAGAUUGGAGCACUGAUAGACAGGGAUAAUAGUUUGGUAGAGAGACAAGGGAGAGUUUUGGACAGCAUUUUAAGCUGUCUUAAAAGACUUUCUGAAGCAAAAAGGUAUUUUCUCUCAAUUUUGUUCUUCACCCCUUUAAAAAGGAAGCUGAGUUUUUACUGUUUCAUGUUUCCAUGUUAUCACUAAACUUUACUAUUAGCAUGAAAUAUGUUACCAUGUUUCCAUAUUUUCCACGUCAUAGAAAGCACAACAAUUAUUGUUGUUUUUAUAAUGAAACUUAUGCAGCUCUCCUUGUGUUAAUAACGCAAUGCAUGCUUCCAGAAAACCGCUGCUUUCUGAUUUGGGUUCACUGAAAAGAGAAAUUAACCUAUAGUUUAGUAAGGAGAAAUUAAACUGUGAUGGAAUGAGAUGUGGUUGCUUUACUUAUGUAAGUGUAUAAUUAUUCUCAACUGCACUGAGUGUCAAUGGGCUUUCCCUUUCAGUCCUUAUCUCUGGCCUUAAGGUUAGAUGUGUACAGUGAUUUCUUGUUAAACAGGAGGGGUCAGUUUUCAUGAACUCAGCUGAUCUAGUGACAGCUGAAAGUGAUGGUCUAGCAGUCUAGUAUCCUCUUGGCACUGUGCUUCGAUCUCCUUUGGCUGUGCUCAGCCUCUGGUUGGGCUAGUUCAGCUUGCUAAACCAGCAGCAAAAUACUUGCUGUUUUUCUGGGCGGAUUUGCUCUUGAUUUGGUGAGUUGACCUGUUUCAGCUUGGGGUCAGAUAUUAGCAGGCACAGUGAUAGCAAAGAAAGGGUUGGGGGUGGGGCGAAGGAAUAAAGCUGCCCACUUUAGUGGCCUGGCCUGCCAGAGCAGAUCUACCGCCUUAUGAGGUCUGACCUGAAUAAAGCCUUUACCUUCAGCCUUAUGUCAGAUUCAGAAUUAUCUGUUCUUGGGGAAUUGUUAACUUAAUUUUGAUUAAGCAAAUCACAGGUGUUAAAGGAGGCUUUUUCCAUUAUUUUAGGUGUUUGCUUCUUUAUGGAGUAGGGUUAUGAGGUAAUAAUUCAAAAAUUAUUGUUCAAACUAUGAUGCUUUGAUGCUUUGGAUGGGUUGCCUUUUUGUGCAGCCUCAAAUCAGGAGUGAGGGCUGUUUCUUGAUUCUUGAUUAUGAGAUGAUCUUGGGGUGCUUGAAUAUGGCUUGUGGCUAGCUUCACAAAAUGAUUUGUUAGUUGAUUCAUUAGGCUGGAAAAUGAGACUGCUACCUCAUCCUCCUCCCCUUAGGGAUGACUGACAAAACAAGGCUUUCUAGAUUACUGUUGACAUUGCCUACCAAAUCUGUUUUUCUUUCUACUGGGAAGCUAGUACAUUUUCCUUCUAAGAAAUUACGUGUAUGAUAAUUAAUGUGUUAUUCUCUGUAGAUUGUAAAGGUUUCUGGGCAAGUUAGUCUGCAACUGUCAGGGCAAUACAGUCAUAUACAGGUACAUAUUAGCAGUAGUGUUGCACAGUGCAGUCUUGGUUUUUACAUAGCCAAUUGGGAACUCAAUUUGAAUGUGUAGUUUAGCUUAUUGUAUGAUGCUUGACUUUUUCCAUUGUAUUUAAAUUUUCACUACCUAUUCUAUUUGUUAGUAUGUGCCAGGCUUUCCUAACGUUGAUUGUUUCAUUUUUUUGGAACCUCUUUCUCAGGAAAAGAGGCAUACUGUCAGUCCCUGGUUAUCAGUAAAAAUACUGAUGAUGUGUAGGAUUCCUCCCUUUGCAGUUCUUGAAAUUACCUUUUUUAUGUCUGGUUUGAUACUGGAGUCUUUGUCUAGUUGAGAAGUGUUGUUCUUGUUGGUGACUUUCAUUGUAUAUACUGUUCAUCUAGGACCUUGUCUCAAAGAAUGAUAAUGGGUGGCAUUUUCACUGUGCUUAAUUUAUGGCUCUUGGAAGAGCAGGGUGAGACAAUUCUGGGUUGGAAGCUGGAAUCUGUGGAGAAAACCAGCAAAUUUUCUCAAGAUGUGGUGAGAACAUGAGUUUGUGUUACUGUAUAUUUAGAGAUCACUAAGCUGUGUCAGGCCUCUGAAACAGAUGUAAGUUUUAAUAGCAUAUACAAGCUCUAAGAAUGCUGAGAUUUGUAAUGAUCUUUUGAAGAUACACUUGCUCUGAAGCGAAGUGUAGUAUACCUAUAUCUGACCAGAUCUUAAACUUGCGUAACAAGAAUUCCGCAGCUGCCCUAAAUAAUUUCUUUUCAUGCUUAGUUUUCUUUCUCCCCCCCUGCAAUAUCUACUAAACUACUUUUUGUUCAAGGAAAAAAAAAAAACACACCAAACAGAACCCAGAACAGAACCCAGGCUGAAUGCUGUUAUUUACUGUGUCCAUAGAGAACAGUUGACUAUUGCCAUUGGUUUUUACAUAUUUGAAAAUGUGUUACAUUGUUGUCUCAUUUUUUCCUAAGGUAAAUAAAUAAGUUCUUUUAAACUUUCUUCUCAGAUCUGAAGUUCCAAAAGUGUGAUUGCUUUCCUCUAUAUUGGUUGCUCUUAGCUUGCAGUUGUGGUACCUAAACUAGAUAUAGUACUUCCUGCUGUGUCUGCCUUCUCAUAUUGUCGCUAACGUAUUCAAUAAUGUUGGCAUUUUUGAAUCCUACUCAUAAUGUUGACUCACUUGGAUUGUUUCUUACUGUGUUGCUGCUUUUCUCCAUUUUUAUCCAUACUUUGAACUUUUUCAUUGUUGUUUAUAAAUGCCACAUAGCAUUUCCAUUUAAUUUUGAUCUAUUAAGUUGAUUAGAGGGUGUUUUUAUUUCCAGUUUCAUGCUGCAUACUGUAAAAAAAUCCUUCCAGUCCUGAUGUCAUUCACAAAUUUGAUGUGUACUCUCAUGAGUUAGCAAAAAUACCUCAUAGAACUUAAAACCCAUGUGUUAUAUUUGCUAUAGACCUUUUCUCUGGUCUUUUUUUUUUUUUUAAGAUGACAAUUAGAUCAGUUUGGUGCUUGAUUUUGCCAAGUUUUCCUUGUGGUGGUGGUGAUGUUUGUUUUUUUUUCCCUGCUUUGUCUAUGUGCUUACAGUCUGUAAUGUUUCAGUGCUUUUGAUACCAAAGAAAGCUUUACUACUAUGACUGUUGAAUUCUACUAGAAAGUGUUCUGUGUUUAAAUAUUUAUUUACGCCAGAAUCAAGCAUCACUCUUGUUGUCAAAGAGAUGGCAGACAAAGGUGGCAAAUGGAAGUACCACAGUAAAGACAGCGGAAUUUUUGUCAAAGGUAUCUGGUCCCAUCCUGCAACUGGGAAGAUACUAUUUUUCUGUGCUGGAGGAAUUUGUGUAGUCCUGUUUCUUGUUGAGUUUUUUCUUCUCUGUCUUGUAGAUGAUAAUAGUUAUGUUGGGACUGGAUUUGCCAGCCCUAUGGAAGUAUUGUGGCUAAAACAGUAGUACUUUACCUGUUGAUCUGUUCUUGUAAAGUUAUUUGAAAGUCUCUUUGAAAUUUGUUUCAAGUGUUUAAUGGAUGGAUAUACUGACCAGCUCGAGUUCUAUGGUGUAGACAGAUGUUUUCAUUCUAGCUGGGCUGCACUGCAGACUGCCAAGACGUGUUACAAAAUGUUCCUGUAGAGUUUUCUGAAGUGCUUUUUUUUGGCAACUCUUUUUUUUCAAUGACACUUUUGAAGGAAAUAGUGAAGAGCUAAUGCAGAUCACAGGAGUGUAGGUACCUCUAGGCGUUUAACUUCCUUGUGAGGCAUAUAUAGAACUAGGACGGGGUAGACUAAGAGGAAAGACUAAAAAGCUGCUUUAAAAUGAUACUGUUACACUGUUAAAGGUUUCUUGCUGUGGAAGAGAAUGAAAUAUCUAUGCUUGAGGGAGCUUGCAAGAUGAUUAUUAUCUGGGGACUACUUCUGAGUUGUAGAUAGUGGCAUCAGUUUGUAGUGCUUCUCUAUCUCCUAGUCUGUGCUUUGAGCUUGUAUCACAGCUGUUUGACUUCAGGAAGCUAUUACUGUGUAUCCUCUGCACGAUUGCUCUCUGAGGUGACAGUUCAUUUAUCCAUGGCUGCUUGUUUGGCUGGCAUGAUUGAGAGUGGCCAUGCCGGCCAAACCCCAAAUUGGUGCAUAGUAUUUUAUAACCAAUGAAUUUGUGUGUGCGUUGUGUGUGUGUCUGUUUUUUGGUUUUGGUGGUUUUUUGUGUUUGUUUUUUUUUUUUUUUUAUGGUGUUUUUUUUGUGUGUGUAUGUUGGGGUUUUUUUGUUGUUUGUUUGUUUUGGGUGUUUUUUGUGCCACUGUAGGUAUAACUCAGUUUUUGUUUUGUAUUGAAGUGUAAUUGUAAUAAUAUUGCACUUAUACCAGUUCAGUUGGGGGAAUUGAAAUUAGUGUAAAACCAUUGUGAUGAUUAUUUGCAGACUGACAACAUUUUAGUCAUAAUGCUUCACAGAUGCAAAUAAUGGUCAUUUGUAACAAACACUUCUGUGUCUGUAGUGAGUUUUGUGGGCUAGCUGUGUCAGAAUGUUUGCAAAAGAGUUGUGCUGUGUGCUUAAAUUACAAGGAGUUUGCAUUAUGUGUUGACAUCUGACAGUCUGCAAAACAGUUAGCUAAGUGUUACCAGUUAAAAUGUACAGUGAAGAUGCCUCAAACUCUAAUUAGACAUUGCCUAGACCCACCUCUGAGAGGAUUGCAAGCCAUAACUGUCGUUUGACAUUCCAGAAUCAAAUUUAAUGCCCUAGUUUGAAGUCUUACCAUAGUUCUCUGGCUAAAGGGAACCAUCUGAAAUACUUUCUUUUAAAGCACAAGUAUCCAGAGGCCACUUGCUGUCCAGUAGCCAUGACUAUGAGUUGACACACUUGGACAAAUUAGUGUUUGAAAAUGGUGACAUUUAGUGCCAAUAAUGUCUAAUAAUGCCAUUGUCCUCUUAGAAAGCUUGAGGAAACUAAAAAGUAAUAUUAAAUUUGCCAUACCAUAAGUUUAAUAAUAUUCUGUUGUGUCCCUCUCAGAAAUCAAGGAAUUUUCUUCCUUACCGCACCCCACUUUUAAGUUCAAAUAUAUAUGCAGUCCAUUUUCUACCAUCUACGUACCUCCUAUUUCUUGUUCCCUGUAACUUAAAAUAAAGCCCCUGUGUUUGUUUGUUCUGGCUUCUGUUUUGCAGACUGUUGGUAGAUCAGAUAUAGCCCUGUAGCCUUUGUACGCAGGACCACCAGCUGCUACGGUGGAAAGCUUUCCAGUGGCCAUGUCAUAACUUGCGUUGGGAUUUUUCUCCUGCAUUAUUCAGUAAAGCUGUUCAUAAUGGAAUUAUAGAUCUCUAAUAGAUACUUUCUGCAAAUUGAUUUCAGUUUUGGUUUACCAGCUAUAAUUGGUCUUUAAUUUAAUGAGUUAAUCAUAAGGUUCUCUGUGUGGCUGUAAUGGUCCAAGACAUACUUUUUUGUUUUCAUUUUCAACUGUGGGAUUGGAAGAUGGCUCUACUAAGUAGUUCUUGGCUUAAUAAUGCCUAAUUUUUUUACACCUUGAGAUUUUCCAGUGCUAUAUUAGACUAAAUACUGCUCUAAGCAAGAACUUUAACUAAAAAAUGCCCUGGAAUAUGGAGACAACACUGGAUGUUAUGAUGAAACUUGAUUAUUCCUAGUGUCCUAGGAAUAAAGAGUAAUUCUUGUUAUCUUACAGGAAGCUGACAUACAUUUUGCCGGGAAAGUCAUACCACAUAAAUCUUUGAGUGGACUCUGGUUUAUGUCUUUAGUGCUCCCUUUCAGCUAAAGGAAUGGAGCAGUGGCAACAGGAGGCUGAGUAGAUGCCGAUAUAUAGUGAAACUAUCUGUUAAAAAUCCGUGAGUCUGGUAAAAUAAACUAUUAGAACAAUGCCUGAAGAACAAUUUAGCCUGCACAGUCAAAAGGAUAGUUCUGUAAAUCUAAGUCACGUAUCUUCCUGACUUAAGAUGUAACUAUAACAUAUAUAUAAUUUUACAAGUCAUAGUCUCAUAAUAUUUUCACUGUGGCAAUUUAUUUCUAAGGUGGUUUGUUGUUGUGUUGGUUGGUUGGUUUUUUGGUCACAGUUCUUGUAACUAAGACUUCCACAGAAGUUGGGGAGGUUUUCCUUAGAUUUGAGGUGGAUAUUGGAGUAUGACCCUGACACAAGUUUGAAGCUAUCAUUGAAAUUAAAUUUUGGCAGAAGUUGUAUUUUUUUGUUGCUUUGAUUUUUCUGAUUUUCUGUUAGUUACUGUCCUCAGUAUGAUAGAAAAAUAGUUAUGCAAUGAUUUUCUUUUUUUAAAAAAAAGACAUGUUAGUAAGAUUUAUAGUUUAGGUGUUAGGAUUUGCAUAAUUUAGUGGUGUGAAUGGCAAACAUAAUCUCUAAAAGUCAACUUGUGAAGCCAUAGGUAGAGACCUAGUCUGCAUUUUCCUUCAAAUUUCCACCUUUCUUUCCUACUAGGUUCUGUAUUGCAAACAGUUGGAUUUAUUUUUUGGACUUUCUUUUUAGAUGAAAGUGUUUCUAGAGUUUGUUUGGGGUUGUUUUGGGGGAGGGGUUUGUGUUUUGGUUGGUUGGGGUUUUUAGCUGUUUUAAUAGGAGAGAGGGGCAGAGAGCUUCAAUAGCUAUCUGCUUGCACUUAGGGUGUCAAUAUGGUCUAUCUUAAAAAUAUAAGGCAGGAAUAUUUGCAUGGUUAGACAAUACCACUUCUAAAGUUUGAUACCAUGUAUACUGCAGAUUGUAAUAUUUCUUACCUGUCUUAUAGUUAUAGCCCAUCUUGCAUGUCUCAGUUCAAAUUACUGCUCUAUUGCUUAUAAGUAACACUUGUUUGUUUGUUUGUUUGUUUUAAUAGUGUGCCAGGACGUGGUUUUUCUCAAAGAAGACUUUCAGAAAUACAGGAUGGAGCUUGUAAAAAGAGAGAUGCUUGAGUUAGCUAGGGUGUUAUCGCUGCUUGAUAGCAUUAACUGUAUAUCUCACUGUAUAUCUCAGAUGACUUCUAGUAAAAUCUUGCUGUUCGUUCAGAGUGGGAUCUUAUGCACUAUUCCCUCUAAAGGGAACCGUGCAGUUGCGUUCCUGUCAGUUGAACAUGUGGGAAUGUCUGCAGUUCUCGCCUUCAGCACCGAAACUGUGGUCCCUUGUACACAAUAACAUUUGUGUGUCAUGUGCAGUUAGCAAAUGCCUGCAAGGUUUUAAGAUGAUGUUGUAGAUGAAAUUCCUGACCUGUUGGCAGGGAAGACUCUGUGCCAAUGAAGUGACUUCAAGCAUAGUUCUGUGUUUUAGCCAAAAUGCAGAUUCUGUGUCUGUGAAAGUGCACUAGUCUGAACUGGUGUGGUUAAAUGUGGGCACGUUAGCACUUUUGAAUCGGAGAGAUGAGGCAGACAACUGUUCUGAACAACUCAAAUAGAUGUCCAGAUGAAGCUGCCUUUAGUGAUGCUCAAGAUGAUUCAUACUUCUCAUUGUUAGGGUAACAAAGUGCUCGUUGUCCAUUAAGUUACUGCAGCAGUCUAGAGGCAGCUCACUGGCUCUGUGUUGCACUGCAGCAGUGUGCUUGUUUCUGUUCCCUCUGAGCAAUAGGUUGCCCGUUUUGCAAAAAAGUAUAGGGCUGACAUUGAUCUGUUUGAUCUGUGUAUUGGUUUUUGUUAGUCCUAAAUUGAUGGAGGCUUUGCUUGUACAUAAGAGAGUCAGACAAAGGGCGUUGUUGGUAAGAUCAGUGCUUGGGGAAGUCCAGUCUUACGAUGCUAGAAAAUGCUUUUGCUGUGCUUUCUCUUGAGUUGUUUGGGAACCCUUUCUUGAUUUAUAUCACCUCUGAUUAGUAGGUGACUUGCAACUGUGGCAUUUCCAGGGCAAGCUGAUGUAAAGGUGAAUUUAUAUUUGUACAGGCUGCUGAUACUGGUGCUAGGUAAAGGUGUGAUUAUUUUUGACAGCAGAAAUCCCUAGCAUGCAUAGUAUUAGUGUGCCCAUAUCAAUGGGAGGGGUGAUUUAGUAGCUGGGCUGUGUUCUGCCACUAUCUUGUGUUCAGUUCUGUGCCCUCAUAUAGGCACUCUUAGCCCCUUAAUGGUAGCUCUAGAAGAAAGUGAUAAAUAGCAGGCAAAAGGUGUUGUGGUUUGUUUUUUGUUUAUUUUUUUUUUCCCCACAUAAUGUCUUUACCAGUGGAACUGUCAGCACUUACUAUUACUUAAAGUAUCUUAAUACUUUGCUUACUUUAGAAUAAAGCUAUUGGGAAAGCUGGUGCUGUAAUUUGGAACAUGCUGCCUGUUGCUCUAAAACUUCCAAAGCAGGAUUCUGGUUUGUAAACUAAGUGAUAUCAUAGACCUUGUGCGUGUGGGCUUGCGGGACAUCUGAGUUCAGUGCAGUGGAUCGCUGGUAGGGAUGUGGUGCUUGGUAUCUGACUUCCGGUGGCCUGUGCUCCUGUUGUUGUUCUGCAACACUUUUUGCCUCAUUGAGUUGGGUUGUUAUGAAAUGUCUUCAGCUCCAGAAGGAAGAUGCCUUGCAAAUUAACAACUUAAAGACAGGAGUCAAGGCAAAUAUGUUAUUUUAUCUAUUUGUUACUAAGUAUGACCACAAAAAGCAUAAACCAAUGGGCUUCAUUCUGAUUUUGGAGCAUAGGUUAAACAUUUGGCUGAUAAUCAGAUAACUUCUAUAGGACUGUUCUGGGGCUCUUAGAAUAACAUACAGUUACAUUGUAUUUUUAGCACAAAAGUAAUUAGGGUUUUGUUCUAGUCAUAUUUUGUUAACAUGCUGCAACAUGGUGGAGUUAUGGUCUUGAUAACACUGUAUCAAAAAUGUCCAGCAUUCCUGUAGAGCUUGCAAAAUCCAACAGUAGCCAGAAAAGACAUAAUUCUGACUUUCUGGGCAGACAUUAUUGGGUUGCAUUUGACUCUUAUUGAGCUUUGUAAUGAAAAAACUACAAAUUGAUCAACAAGUGCUACAGUGAAAUAAGUUUCUAUAGCAACAGGGCAAUGCAGGGUACAAUUAUUCACACUGCUUUUCUGUAACGGAUAUUUUUUUCUUACAAGCAGCGAAUUUACACUGUUGGAUUAAAACAUUGUUUUGUUAUAGCAACAGAUAAUCCUGAGCUCUUUUGCUGCUGCUUUUUUUUCUAUGUCCUGAAGAGGGGACGGGGGAAACUUUUAAAGAUGAAUACCAGAGUGAUAGACUGGUGGAAACUCAACCUCCUAUUACUUGUCUGUAUGUUAUUUAGUAUAAUGGAACUAUACUGGCUAUAUUUUUAUGUAGUAUGAAUACUUUUACCUGUUGACAAGUCUACAUGAAACUGAACUUGCUUAAAUUAAAUAAUAAUGGUCAUAUAGUAGCUGGCAAACUCCAAGUAAAUCAACUUAGUUUAGCCCUACUGCUGAUUCCCUGAAUCAGUCAGACUUUUGGUUAUUUGUUCUUUGUAUGUUUAAAGUCUCUGUAUAUUUUGUUUGUUUUGGUACUUCUGAACUCCCUUAGAAAGAGAAUGUUGUUCUUCAAGCUUCCCUGUUAAAAUUAGAAAAGAUUAGAGUAUUGUCAAGGGACUGCAGAUGUUGGGUGUUGGGGUUUGUUUGGUUUUUUUUGCAACACUUGUAAAGCCAACUCUUGACUGUUACUGUAUUUUGAUCUUUCUAAAGUUGGAAGAAAUGAAAUUUGAACAACUUCAUUGAUGAAGCUACAGCAGCCUUAGUCUUUCAACAGGGAACUUUAUUUUGUGUGGUGUAUUUUGAGGAUACUUUGGAUGUCUGAUCACUUGAAAGAAAAAACAAAAGCAGCCGUUUGGUCUCUGGCAAGCUGUAUAUACAGUCAACCUCAAAGGAUGCUAUUGAUACAUGUGCAUGUAUUGUUAAAGUUUAUUUUUCUGACAACAUGACAAAACCAUACCAAUGCUUUAGAGAAGAAAAAGCUAAGGUUGAAAGCUGAGGUGAAAGUAAUUGCUUUGAAGGUGUGACUGACUAGAACAGCAGUCCAACAGGUCAGGUAACUUUGUGCGAGGGGAGCAGAUGAACAGCUCUGUCAUUAGGUUGUGCAAUGUUUCCAGUUUGUUCCAUGUUUUGGGGGCCAUCUAAAAGCAGCCUGCCAGCUGUAAUUUAAAUGAGUAUCACCUCUAACAGGUAAAAUUUUCUAAUCAAUUUCACUUGCAGAGCUGAAAGGAUUUAAACCAUUUCCCAGUGAAAGUAACUUACUAAGUGUUUAGUAAGUAUUCCAACUGAGCCUGUAAACAGAAUGAGAACAGUUGCUGAAUUGUGCUAGAAUGCAUGGCUUUACUUGGAAUCCAUUUAAUAUUUACACACCUAUUUUUCUUUAAUAUGUUUUUCACAUCUAGUACAUGUAUCUUAUCUGUAUUCAGCUGAUCUGAGUUAUGCCUCAUUCAGCAUUAUAACAGGUGAGAAAGGAGUGAUAAGUGUAGGCAACAGUGUGACUAGACUGUAGGAAUGGGAGGAAAUGAAAGGAUGCACUGGAGAAUAAGGAACAAGGAGGAGAUCAGAAAGAUAGCUGUUAGUUUUUUACUUUAGAGCUACAAAUAUGUUAUAACUUAUUACACUGUAACUGUUGAAAAAGGACUUACAAUUAACUAAGCAUAUAUCUUAAGUGAACCUUGCAGAACUUAAUUAUGAAUUGUAGUUAAGGAUGGAGAUAAUUGUGGUAGUGCACUUCACUUCUGAGGAACUGAUAAAAUUAAGAGACUAAAAUAUGUGCUUCAGUGCAUUCCAGGCUUUACAGAAGGUGAUAUAUUGUUUUCACAAUAUGUGGCAGUCCAUAAGGAGUAUUGCAGCAUGAACUUUAUUUAAUGGCUGUGAAUAUUUGGGAUGCUCUCUACUAUUCUGAAAUCAGUUGCUUCGCAACAGUGAAAACUUCUGUUAAAAUCCCCUUGGCUGCCUGUUACUGCAGUGACAGGCAGGUGUUUUCUUGAGGUUUAUUUUAGAUUGUAUUUACACAGAGAAAAGCAUUCAAGAGCACUACACACUGCUUUCCCCCACCCCCAAACAACAAAAACCCACCACAACAACAAAAGAACCCCAAAAAAUCUAUGAAGAAUUCUCAACUGCUUCAAGUUACUUUCAGUUUUAAGUUUUAUAUUUCCUAAGUAGUAAACUUCUGUGUUAGUUUGUUUUGCUUAAAAUAAAACAUUGUUUCCCUGUGGUGUAGACAGAAGAAAAAUGUUACUGUGUAACAUGUAUUAUAUAAACAGCUUUAUAUGAAGUUAAGGUGCUCAGCCUUUCUAGUGUGAUACUCUGGUAGUAAGGGAGAAUGGUAAGUUCACAUCCUUAUAUGAACUAGCAAUUUUAGAUUGGUAUAAUAGAUAUUUUAACUGACAGAGUUCUAGAACUUUAAACUCAUUCUGUUCUGAAAUGGGGAGAGAAUUAAAAUGCUUAUUUCUUGAUAUCUUUUUACAUAUUUUCUGAUGACAGGGACUGACAACUGUUGAGAAGAGUUUCAAGUUGAGGUGUUCCAGGAGUGGCUUUGGAAACAAUAUUUUCAUUAAUAAUGUUGGGACAAAGAAUUAAGAGCAUGUACAUGAUGAAAUUCUCUUAACAAAAUUGGGAGGCAUCACUGUUCAUAAUCAGAGUGUUUUAUAAGGAGAAACAAGCUAAUAUCAGAACAGUAACUGAAGUGAAAUUUCAUUGAAAAAAAUACAUAAUUAGGGAAUUUUUUCUUCAGCCAUGAAACUUUGAAGAUGUGAUAACCAGAGUGUAAUGUUGAUUACAAGCUGAGCCAGCUUGUGGUACAGCUGUUGAAGGCAGGAGGAGGUAAAUGCAAUUCAAAGAUGUAUCAAAUGAGGUUUGCAAACGGAAAUAAGGAAGCGUCUUUAGUGCCGUUGCACAAGGCAUUGAAAAGGUGGCUUUAAUAUUGUAUGAAAUUCUAGUUGCUUGGUGUUGAUGAAAGUCGUUUUCAACUCCUGUUACUAGGAGAAGAUGGUGUCUAAUGUAAAACUGAAGAAAGAAGAGUGUGAUUUUUUUUUCAAUCAGCUGAGCUAAUCAAUCACUAUUUCUUAAAGCUCUAAAAGGAAGAAGAGAAGAAAGGAGAGAAUAAAUAAACAAAACCUUCCCUAGAUGUAUGAGAAGCAUUGCCUGAUCUCCCGUGAAUCCAAAUCAUGCAAAAUUCACGAUCAAUUCAGAAGGAUCCUGCGUUUUGACUAGCCCUGAUGCUGCGGACUUGAGUAAACCAAUAGACAAAAGGAUAUACAAAGGAACACAACCUACAUGCCAUGACUUCAAUCACUUAACAGCCACAGCAGAAAGUGUGUCUCUUCUAGUGGGCUUCUCUGCAGGCCAGGUCCAACUUAUAGACCCUAUUAAAAAAGAAACUAGCAAAUUAUUUAAUGAGGAAAGACUAAUAGACAAGUCCAGAGUAACCUGUGUAAAAUGGGUACCAGGUUCGGAAAGCCUUUUCCUAGUAGCUCAUUCCAGUGGCAAUAUGUACUUGUAUAACGUGGAGCACACUUGUGGUACCACAGCCCCGCACUACCAGCUACUUAAACAAGGAGAAAGUUUUGCAGUUCACACUUGCAAGAGUAAAUCCACAAGAAACCCUCUGCUUAAAUGGACAGUAGGUGAGGGUGCCCUGAAUGAAUUUGCCUUUUCCCCAGAUGGGAAGUUCUUGGCGUGCGUGAGCCAGGAUGGUUUUCUUCGUGUGUUUAACUUUGAUUCAGUGGAAUUGCAUGGUACAAUGAAAAGCUACUUUGGAGGACUGCUCUGUGUGUGUUGGAGUCCCGAUGGGAAAUACAUAGUGACAGGUGGAGAGGAUGACUUGGUAACAGUUUGGUCUUUCGUGGACUGUCGAGUAAUAGCGAGAGGCCACGGACAUAAAUCGUGGGUCAGCGUUGUCGCGUUUGAUCCGUAUACCACUAGUGUAGAGGAGAGCGACCCGAUGGAAUUUAGCGGAAGCGAUGAGGAUUUCCAAGACCUUCAUUUUGGCAGAGAUCGAGCGAAUAGUACACAAUCUAGGCUAUCCAAAAGGAACUCUACGGACAGUCGUCCAGUAAGUGUUACGUAUAGAUUUGGGUCUGUAGGCCAGGACACGCAGCUCUGUUUGUGGGAUCUCACAGAAGAUAUCCUCUUCCCCCACCAACCCCUCUCAAGAGCAAGGACACAUACAAACGUCAUGAAUGCCACAAGUCCACCUGCUGGAAGUGGUGGAACUAACCCGGGAAGUAACGGAAACAGUAUCACAACACCUGGAAACUCUGUACCCCCUCCUCUUCCACGCUCCAACAGCCUUCCGCACUCCGCAGUCUCAAAUGCUGGCAGUAAAAGCAGCGUCAUGGAUGGUGCCAUUGCUUCUGGCGUUAGUAAAUUUGCAACCUUAUCGCUACACGAUCGGAAGGAAAGACACCACGAAAAAGAUCACAAGAGAAAUCAUAGCAUGGGACAUAUAUCUAGCAAGAGCAGUGACAAACUGAACCUAGUUACUAAAACCAAAACGGACCCAGCUAAAACUUUGGGAACACCUCUCUGUCCCCGAAUGGAAGAUGUUCCCUUGUUAGAGCCUCUUAUCUGUAAAAAGAUAGCACAUGAAAGACUGACUGUGUUAAUUUUUCUUGAAGACUGUAUAGUCACUGCUUGUCAGGAGGGAUUUAUUUGCACAUGGGCAAGGCCUGGUAAAGUGGGUUUAUUGUCAUCCCAAAACCAGGCCAAUUCUCCAAGUGGAACUGUAGUAUAGCCAGCACACUACUGCUAGCAAACCUCUGAACGCAGGACAAGAAGUAAUGACAGUGGAACCAGGAGCUGUUCUUCAGGCAAAGAGCAUCACAAAUUCUAAUGUGGUAGAGUGUAAACAUGGAGUUAUGUGAAUCACAUAGUAAUUUGCAAAGGCAUAAUGUAAUGAGUUCUUAUUACAGCUAAUACUGCUAGGCUGCUCACCCAAGGAAGAGUUUUCAUUUGGAAAAAGAUUAAAAAUGCUUCCUUUGGUGCUGCAGAAAAAAAAAAGUAACAUUUUUGGUUUUCUUUAUACUUUUCAAGUCCAGUGUAAUUUAAUCUCUCUCUAUAAAUAUAUAAAUAAAAGUUAUAUAUAUAUAUAUAUAGUGUAAAAUAAAGUAUGUUUCUUAAAUUCAAGUAAGUUCAAUGGUUAAACUAGUACUUCACCAUUGUUUAUUUUGCACUGAUUUUUUUAACCAGAGAUGGCUAGAAGACAGCCUGGAAUGCACUCAUGGCAAAUGAAAGUCAUUACUUUCUGGCUUCAAAAUGUUAUUCAGGAAGAUGGAUGCUGCAAUCGUAGAUUUUUAAAACAAACUUGUUUUGCACUUAAAUAGUUUAAUGCUAAUAGAGAAUUACUUUAAAAUUGGUGUCCAGACACCAGAAAAACUAUGUUGUGGAGAAAAGAACCUUUGUAUCUAUUAAACAUUUAUUUUAAUAUUGUUGUUUCCAACUGCAAUCGGCUCUGUAUUAUAUGUAUAAAUAAUGUAAUUCAGUGAUGGGGGAGGGGAGUAAUGGAUCAUUACACUAGCAAUUCUCAUUCAUUUAAGAAAGUGAUAUUUCUAAUUCAGAAAAUACAUAUUAAACUAUCUUGAAUAUGCAUUUUGUUUACUUUCUGUUCAAAUUCCAUCACUUUAAAUGUAAUCAAUCCUUUGUUGAAUUAAAUGUUUGGUACAAAAAUAUCAUCUAAACUUUGUAGAACAAAUUCCUUUCAAACAUAUCUCAUCUGGAAUAUUCCUUCAUAUUUAAUAUAGUCAAACGUCAAUUAGGAAAGUGAAAUAACAUUGUUCUGUUCUCAUUCUUAACGGUUUAUCUCUAAAUACAUCAUACAGUGGAAAGCUCACAGGCACCUUUGCGGGGCAAGGAUUUUGUAAUCACAUAGUCCCGUAUAUUUGUCUCAGGAGCUCCAGCAGUGGUAAAUGUCCACACUUUGACUUGACAACCCAAAAUCAGGUCAACUGAUUGGAGUAGAUGCACUUCUGAGACAACUUGUCUUAAAUCCAGCAUCUCGUUUGUAAUUCCACGCUCUUAAACUAAGCGUUACGGAGAUAGAUCUAUCUCUGUGUACAGUUUCACGCUGCUUGUCCGAACACACGGUAUUUUUAAGCACUCAGCAACAGAACACGUGAAUUGUUUUCAGUUCUUCUGGAGAUUAAAGAAGCCCCGAAAGCUGUAGCUCCGUGUCAAGCCCCAGAAUGACCGAAGCAUCCCCCGGUCUGGUCCCUGUGCAGCAGCAGGGGCUGCGGCUUGGGCUGGAUCACGGCGGGUGGUGGGACAGGGGCCACUGGCCCGAGCGCGCGGCCGCUGGACCCCGGGCACGCGGGGAUGCCCUUCCAGCUUCCCAGCAAUACAGCUGGGUAGAACUCCUUAAAUUGCAAGUAGAUUAUAGACACUUUCAGACACGAGAAGUUACGUUUUUCGGGAAAUAAGUGAAAAAUUCAGGUGAAACAACCCCAGUGGCUACUUGCAACUUGGUCUUUUUUUAGUAAUGCAGCUGGCGUGUAGAAAACUGCCAGGUGAGUUUAAAAGGUGGCAUUUAGUUUGUCUACAUUAAAGACGGAGCUGUACUUUACAAUUCUUAUCUACUUACGUUCUAAAAUACGAUGAACGGGGAAAAUACAACUGAGCAGGAUUAUUGUUCAGAAGUUUUAUUAACAUAGCAGGUUUAACUGUUAAAAUACAGAUAAACCUCAUCACUGAAAACUAGUGUAGUUAUCUCCCUGUAGACUUCUUUUGUAUAAAAAGUGCUUCAUAUGGUCCGAGUCAAAAUGAAACAGUUGAGAAAAUAUACAUACACUUCCUUCAGCUGGAAAAACACAAAACCAGUAUGGAAAGGACCGUAGUAUCCAACACUGGGCUAAUAACAGCAGCUACUUGCAUAUCUGUGUGCAGCGUGUCCCUGCUACAGGUCACAGUUAAACAGCACACAAGCAGUGUAUGUGGGGGUUUUUCUCAUCUGCUUCUUUACUAUUAGGCAAUCACCGAGAAGCUUGAACUGUCCAUCCCACCCUUUAUUCCAUAGGGAAAGAGAAUAUUUUAGGAAGAAAAGGGAUACUAAUAACUUACCUGGAAAGAACUUAGGAGUUUUCUAGUAUAGAUACAGCUCUUAAUAAAUAAUUUCUUCCUACUACGUUAAAAAAAA